AUGGACGGGCUGCCCGGGAGGGCGCUGGGAGCCGCCUGCCUUCUGCUCCUGGUAGCUGGCUGGCUGGGUCCAGAGGCCUGGGGCUCGCCGACACCUCUGCCUUCCCCGGCCGCCCCGCCGGGAGCUGAGGGCGCCCCCCCAGACACUUGCACGUCGUGUGGCUUCAGGCGCCCAGAGGAGCCGGGCAAAGUGGACGGCGACUUCUUGGAGGCGGUGAAGCGGCACAUUCUCAGCCGGCUGCAGAUGCGGGGACGCCCCAACAUCACCCACGCGGUGCCCAAGGCCGCCAUGGUGACCGCCCUGCGCAAGCUGCAUGCGGGCAAGGUGCGUGAAGACGGCCGAAUGGAGAUCCCGCACCUCGACGGGCAUGCCAGCUCGGGCUCAGACGGCCAGGAACAGGUGUCAGAGAUCAUCAGCUUCGCUGAGACAGAUGACCUUGCCUCCUCCAGGGUCCGCCUGUAUUUCUUUAUCUCCAACGAAGGCAACCAGAAUCUGUUUGUGGUGCAGGCCAGCCUGUGGUUAUACUUGAAAUUGCUCCCUUACGUCCUUGAGAAAGGCACCCGGCGGAAGGUCCGGGUCAGAGUGUACUUCCAGGACCUGGACCGCAGCGACAAGUGGAACGUGGUGGAGAAGAAGGUGGACCUCAAGAGAAGCGGCUGGCACACGUUCCCCCUGACCGAGGCCAUCCAGGCCCUGUUUGAGAAAGGGGAGAGGAGGCUCAACCUGGAGCUCCAGUGCGAGGGCUGCGACGAGCUCGCCGUGGUCCCCGUCUUUGUGGACCCCGGGGAAGAAUCCCACCGACCCUUCCUGGUCGUCCAGGCCAGGCUGGCGGACAACAAGCACCGCAUCCGCAAAAGGGGGCUGGAGUGUGACGGCAGGACCAAUCUCUGUUGCAGGCAACAGUUUUUUAUUGACUUCCGACUCAUUGGGUGGAAUGACUGGAUCAUUGCGCCCACGGGUUACUAUGGGAAUUACUGUGAAGGGAGCUGCCCGGCCUACUUGGCCGGAGUCCCAGGGUCAGCUUCCUCUUUUCACACCGCCGUGGUGAAUCAGUACCGAAUGCGAGGGCUGAACCCAGGGACCGUGAACUCCUGUUGCAUUCCAACCAAACUCAGCACAAUGUCAAUGCUGUACUUUGACGAUGAAUACAACAUUGUGAAGAGGGACGUUCCCAAUAUGAUUGUGGAAGAAUGUGGCUGUGCUUGA